CUUAAACUUAUAAUGGUGCGGAACCUCCUAGGCGCUUCAUUGUUAAUCUAUCAAUAUUUUUUCCUAAUCAUGAACGUCAUUUUAAUUGUCUGUCUAAUUGUUUCCCGUAGCAAUUUGUGUCAUUAUCCAAUUGUCCAAGCUCAUUUCAUCAUUUCACACGCAUCAUUAAUGGACUUUAGAUAUAAAAGGAUAUGUAGCUGUUCCUUCCUCAAGUCCACAGAAGACUUCACGAUCAACGGUUCUUUGUCCGUCAACCUUUCAAUAUGGGGAAAUUUGCCAUACUUUUCGCUGCCUGCGUGCUACUGGUCGCUGCGACGUCUGCAGCCGAUGAUAACCCCGCACCGCCCGCAGACAGUAGCACCACAACUACCGUCACCAUCACCAACACCACUCCAAAUCCACCUCCGGUUCCCGAUAACAGCAACGAAGGGGAUUCCAACGACAGCGUCUCAGAUAGUCGCAGAUAAAUGAGAUAAUUGAUGCUCUAUGGUACAAUGUUUAAACUCACAUUAAAGUUCAAAUAUGGAACGAAUUGGAAGCAGUAAGACUGUAAAAAAGUUAGAUACUUUUCUAGCUGGUAUAAUUAAAAAUAAGUUACUCUUGUGUCAAUUUGGAUUUUAUAGUUUUAUCUAUCUACAAACAAUUUAAAAGAGUUGUCAUGGUAGUAUUUUUGAGGAUAAUUUUUAUUAUGUCAAGAAAUACAUGUAACAGCACUACCCUGAGCGAGCACAAGACACGAUAUACAGUACUUGUUACAAAUAAAUACUUACUGAUUGUAAUGUAAAGAAAUAUGUUAAGAAACUGAUUAAAAGAUAGUGGGUUUACAAAGAUGUACUGUAGGUAUGCAUUAAUUACAAAAAUAUAGUAAAUAAUAAACAUU